CAAACACACACAUUACAGUGCAGUUUAUAAACACGCACUCUGUCUGCACCUGCUGAAGAAGAGGGGUGCAAACAGGAAGCAAGCAUAUGCCGACCGAGAGGAGUUCACAGACCGCAGGGCCAGCUACAAGAGAAAAAAAACAACAAAUCAGUACCACUCAUUGACGCAAAUUGUGCACCAACAGGAAGCAACACGAAUGAAUGCAUGGCAAGAGGAAGUGUGUAUGUGGUGUAUACGACAGUAUUAUCAGAGUAGCUCACCCCAUCUUCCUGAGGCUCCACAUAGAGCUCAUCACCGAUUCUGGACAGAGAAUGAAUGGCUUUGGCCAGCACUGGACGUGUGUGGGCAACGCUGCCGUGUACUGGAUCUCCUCCCAUCCCCGUUGAUAUGGCUGUUACUAAAGAGGUGUAACUAAAACAACAUUUGUGUACUGAAACCACAUACGUGUGGUGAAAGAGACUUUGAAAAGACACAAGAGGACGGAAAUCAGGAAAAUGUUUUGCCUCAGCUUUGUGCCAAAACAACACAAGACAGCUGCUGAAACUUCUGUGGAUUAUGGAGGAGUGGAGGCAGUAUGACAGCGAAACACCCAUGAGAAGAAGCAUCCUAUGAAAAGAAAAAGAAGAAUAUCUAACCUAACUGAGGAAGUUAAACCGUAAGAGAUGGACCUGUCUUGAUAUCUGCGUUGGGAAAGGAGAUAAUGGAAAAAGAUUGGAAUUUCAAAAAGCAGAGAGAAACAACCAUAACAGGAGUGUCGAGGGGUGACGUGCUUCACACACCGCUAGUUUCUUCUGUUGCGGUCUCCAGUCUGUUAUUAAAGCAACACCAUCCCUAUUUAGUGGAUUAUAUUGUUGUGUUUACAAACACCAAUGCUUUUCUGUGACUUCUGGAUUUGAUACAAAGCAGUUCUGUUCCUAAAUGUCUCAGUCACAUAAUCAGAAAGACAGUCAGGGCAUGCUGCAGUCCAUGCUGCAGAGACUGAAGCUCCAGCCGGGAAAAGAGGGCCAGGCAUACCUGCAAACACCUGUACCCACCACAGCUGCUUCCACAUGGGGGCAAGACGGCAAGAGAGGAGCCUUCAACCUCCAGAAAGUAAACAGCAGUAUUGGAAAUAGCUUUGAGUUUGGAACUAAUGGUAUCUCCUCAAAAGAGUUUGGGAUCUCUGCUGCAAGCAGUAACUUUGGGGAAAUACAGCAACCAGGACAUGGCUGUGAAGUGGACAGUCAGCUCAUUUCCUUCCCCUCGCAGAAAGACAACAUUGAUGGUGAGACGGGUGAGGAAAGGGCAGCUCAGCCUGUGAUCACCCCGACAGAAACAGGGCAGCUGUUUCCUGUUGAAUCACUUAAGGAUGCUGAUAUCGCUUCCUUUAAGAGGACUGAUGGGGCGAGGGUGAGUUUUGACAAUUCUGCAAUGACAAGGCCUAGCAAUAAAGAUUCUGUCCCAAGCAUGGGACAGAAUCAUGACCAGGACCAGAGUUUUACACCCAAAGUCUACGUGUGGUCCUCGAAGCCCACAGAUGCAAAUGUUAAAGGUCAAGAGAAUGAACUGUUGCAUACGGGAAACGGAGGAUUUGGAGCUUUGGCACAAAGUAAAGACUUGCAGAUUGUUCCGGUAAACAGCAGCUCGAGAAGAAAAUCAGGAUCGUCUGAGAACAAAACAAGGAGAUGGACUCAGAAGAUCAAGGAGAGAUGGAACAGGCCAGGGAGUUUUGGUAGAAAGGAAAAAGAAGAAGGAGGGAGAGUAGACCAGAAGAGUGAGCAAGGAACUGACAUUUCACCUCAAAACCAGCUGUUGACAACAGAAAAUCUCAUCAACACAUCAAAUAUGGAGGAAGAAAGGACCCUCCCAUCACUCGACAGCAGAGAUCCCAGUGCCACCCCUCCUACACACACAGAAGACGGCACUAAUGAAGGAUAUAUGAGGUCCACCAGAGACUUUGAGUUCGGCCUGGGCUCGUUUAGCUUGCUGGAGGAGAUCGUCACCGGUCAAGAGUGGGCGAACUUCCUAAACCCCAACCAAUCAGCCGCCUCAGCCAAUCAGAGACCAUCAGAACUCAAAAUCCCACCAAAUCCUCGUGAUGGUCAUUCAUCUCUGAUUUUGAACCAACAAGGAGGUGUUGACAACCGGUGGAGCUUCAGGGGAACUGAGACUUCACCAGAUUUAGAUUUCAGCAUGACACAAAUAUCGCCUGAUGCUUUCCAAGCUGUGGGUAUGGACGUUUCAGAAGGAACACCGGCUGCAGUACGGGAUGUUCUCAGUGCGGCUGAUCAAUUAGAACCAAUGGAGCAUGGACAAACCCGGAGACCUCCUUUUGUACAGUAUGCAGAUAUUAUGGUCAACUCAGCGCUGAAGAGCAGAGUCCAGCUCAACAGGAAGAGACAGCAUCAGUCAGCUGAUAGAAGAGACGAGAGGCUUCAAGCAGACAAAAUAAGUGACGGAAAAGAGGCAGGCAGAGAGGGUAGCCUAACAAGCAACCAUGUGAUGGAGGAGACUGGAGAGUCACAAAAUGAUAACUUCAUGCCUUUGAACAUCCUGAAAUCCCCUCCUCCACCUCUCUCUCCAUUUACUCCCUUUGCUCCUGCCUUCCGGGGUGUUCUCAAACACUCCAUAUCCCAGGAUUCACAGUUCUCAAUAGAAACACAGACAAAAAGAAGGCGAGUCGAGGAGAACCAGCGGGUUCGUUUCUCAGACGAGGUGGUGAUCAUCGAGCCUCCGGAGCUGCAUCCGGAUGCUACAGACUCAGAGGAGGAUUCAGGAUCAGAGGAGGACUCUGUGAUAGAGCAGGAGUGUGACGAGGAGCAGGCGGCGAUAGAGGAGGUGGCAGCACCAGCACGCCGGCAUGCUCUCCCUGCCUGGAUACUGGCUCUGAAGAGGAGGAACACGGGGAGGAGGCACAGAUAGGGAGUGUACAACUCCAAGAACGAGCAUUUAGUCUCACAGACUUGUCUUUCUUCAAAUCGUUUCUAGAGUCCUCUCUGGACACUUAAAGCACCUCUGUGUGUCUUAUUGCUCCUCGUCCCUCUUCGCAUCACCGGCGCUCAAAAGGAUGAUUGAUCAAGUGCUGAUAUCAGCCUAUUUUAAAACUUUGAAAACACAGCCAGAAUUGUAUUUGCUUUUAAGGGAUACUUUGAAUGGUUUGAAGUUUGGUUGUCUGAGGUACUGAGGUCGACACGCCAUCGGUUUGGAGAAACAGACAGGAGUUACGGCACGGAAACAAAGCAAUGUACUGCUGUGGACGGGGGCAGCAGCAAAAUGUAUUUCAGCCCCCUAAAAGAAAGGCCUACGUAAAGAAAACCAAUAUCAGUUUAAGUGUAUGUUGUAUUUAGGAUAUUAUAUAACACAGGGAUCUGAAGUCGUUAUAUUCAUCUCUCGCCAAAGCCACCAGACUACAGUACCGUAUAUUGAAACAAACGGUAAAGUUAAAGGUAAAAUGACUGUUUUUGUCCAUGAGUCUGGUGCCUUUGGCCUAGAUGAAUAUAACGGAUCAGAUCACCGUUGACAAGAGCUUGUAGGUGGACCUUUUUUCUGAGGUGGCUAAAAUACGCUUUGUUGCUGCCUCUGUCUACUUCAGCACAUUUCUUUGCUCCUGUGCCGUAACUCCUGUCUGCUUCCCCAGACUGGGGGCCUGCUGACCUUCGUCUACUGUGGUAAUACACUGACUAUGGAUAAGUACCUCAUACAACACCACUUCAAACUAUCCAAAAUAUCCCUUUAACUGUUUUUUUCCACGCUCUCCUCUCUGUCUGUCUAAAUAGACUGGACUAUACACUGUCAGUGUCUCGUCAUCUGCUUAAGUGUUUAUUGGAUUUGGUUGUAAAUUUUCUUCCACCAGCUUUUACAGCUUUUUUCCAGAGAUGUUAUGUUUUCCUCCUCCUCUUUCUCCUCCUUCAAUCUCACACUGGCCAGCAGCAGACUCUCUUGGUAAUGUUCUCUCUUUCCGGCCGUCCUGGGAAAUUAGGAGGAAAGGGAGGUGGAGCUAAAGCAGUGGCUGCAGUUAUUGCAGUUAUGGUUGUUUGUGAUAGUCUGCAGCUCUUGAAAUGUUGAAACCUUAUUUUGAAGCCAUUUGCUUGCUGGAGACAGAAAGAAACUACCAUCAUCGUUCAGGACUCACAUCAGUCAUCACUUAUAGGAUAGUACACCCUGAACAUAUUAUCAGCAUCUGUUUAAAUGAGCUACAAUGAUGCUUCCUAUGAGUGUAGCAGCGUGGGAGACAGUGGAGCUACGAGACAAACAUUAAAGGAAUAGUUCGACAUUUUGGGAAAUACGCUUGUUUGCUUUCUGUGCUAGAUUAAAAGAUUGAUACCAUUCAUGUCUGUAGUGUAUGCCACUGGCUGGCUGCCUGGUAAGCUACUACUACUACUCUGCUACAUCAACACCCAUACACCUGCACUGUCAUUUUUACACUUUGUUUUUGUAUGCAUUAAACAAUUGAGAUAUAAUAUGAUAUUUUAGCUGUUUUCCCAUUCAGUUUUUGUGCUAAGCUAAACUAACUGGCUAACAGGACUGUAGCUUUAUAUUUACAGUAUAAUAGACUUGAGAAUGGUAUCCUUCUUCUCUUCUACCUUAAAGUUACCAUCCGACCAUCUUGUUAUCCUGGACAGGGGUGCUGGAAAAUGUGUGUGUUUGUCUGUAUUGUCCCCUGGAAAUGAAAAACUAGAGAACAUAUUUAAAAAGGAAACGUCCUCCAGCUACCUCAUUUUCCCAGUUACAUUUAUUAAUUCUUCUAAAUAGGGAUCCUCUGAAGAAAUGACAUUAUCUGCUAUCUCAUGUUUUAUAAAUGCAGAACUCCGUGCACACACACAUCCAGUCAUUUGUUCAUCCUGUCCGAGCUUUGCUUUGCUUUAAAGAGCGACCACAGGCAACAUUCAGAAAGACAGAGUACUUCAUGGCGCUGUGUAUCAUAUUCUUUUGUUACCAUUACAGGCAUUAAAAUGAUUUGUAUGAUUAAAUUAGUACAUCAAA